GAUCCCGGGGAGCCAGCCUGCUGGGAGAGACGGAGGGUCCGGAGCAAACCUGGAGGCAGAGGAGGCGACGGAGGGAAAAAGACCGAGCUAGCCGCUCCAGUACGGUAGAGGAGCAGAAGGGACGCACCGCGCUACCCCAGCCCGUCUCCAGCGACAGCCAACGCCUGUUGCAGCUCAGCGGCUUCGAAGCCGCCGCCCCGAAGCUGCCCUUUCCUCUUCGGCGAAGUUUCUAAAAGCUGCUAGAGACUCGGAGGAAACGAGGAAAGUGCCGGGUAGGACUGACGGCUGCCUUUGUCCUCCUCCCCUUCACCCUGCCCCCCCCCCCGUCUCCUCUCCCACAGCUGCCUUCGCCAGCUACUCUUGGUCUGCUCCCCCCUCCCACAAGCCCUCUCCCCUUCAACCCCGUCGGCCCAGCUCUGCCAGCCAGUUUGCAGAGAGGUAACUCCCUUUGGCUGCGAGCGCGAGCUAGCUGCACGUUGCAAAGAAGGCUCUUGGGAUCCGGGCGACUGGGGAGCACUUCAGCACUGCAGCCAGGACCUGACUCCUUAGGCAGCACACAGGGAGGGCCCCUUGGUUCCCCACAAUCCCCCUCUACCUCUUCCCCCCCCCCCCCCGCCCUCGUGAGUGCGGAGCCAGAGAUCAAAAGAUGAAAUGGCAGGGCUUCAGUAGUUGAAAACAAAACCAAACAAAGCCAAAACAAAACAAAAAGAAAAUAACCUGAUUCUUAUUUGCACCUGCUUCACUGGACAUUGAAUUUGGAAAGCAGAGGACCUCCCCAAGAUUUGAGCAUCUUUUGAAUCUGCCAUUCAAGUGUUUAGGAACAGACUGUAAGCUUAGCAGGGCAGACCGAGUCCAGCGCGUGUCUUCCUCAACACCAGACUUGAGACUUUGAGGCUGUCAGAACGCUUUUUAUUUUUAUUGUUGUUUGUUUGUUUUGGUUUGGUUUGGUUUUUUGCUCCUGCAAGUUUUCUUCCCUGGAGCUUCCCGCAGGUGGACACCUAACUGCAGCGACUACCGCAUCAUCACAGCCUGUUGAACUCUUCUGAGCAGCAAGGGAGACAGGGUAAGGGAAUUAAGUGCAAAGAUUCAGCUUAGUUUAAGGAUGGAGGUUCAGUUAGGGCUCGGGAGGGUCUACCCCCGACCUCCGUCCAAGACGUAUCGAGGAGCUUUCCAGAAUCUGUUCCAGAGCGUGCGCGAAGUGAUCCAGAACCCGGGCCCCCGGCACCCUGAGGCCUCCAGCACAGCACCUCCCGGCGCCCGUUUGCAGCAGCAGCAGGAGAGCAGCCCCCGGCAGCAGCAACAGGGUGAGAAUGGCUCUCCCCAAGCCCACAUCAGAGGCCCCACAGGCUACCUGGCUCUGGACGAGGAACAGCAGCCUUCACAACAGCAGUCAGCCCCCGAGGGCCACCCCGAGAGCGGCUGUCUCCCAGAGCCAGGAGCCGCCACCGCCGCCGGCAAGGGGCUGCCGCAGCCGCCACCAGCACCUCCAGACGAGGAUGACUCAGCUGCCCCAUCCACGCUGUCCCUGCUGGGCCCCACUUUCCCGGGCUUAAGCAGCUGCUCUGCCGACCUUAAAGACAUCCUAAGCGAGGCCGGCACCAUGCAACUCCUUCAGCAACAGCAACAGCAGCAGCAGGAGGUGGUAUCCGAUGGUAGCAGCGGGAGAGCGAGAGAGGCCGCUGGGGCCCCCGCCUCCUCUAAGGACAGUUACCUAGGGGGCAACUCGACCAUAUCUGACAGCGCAAAGGAAUUGUGUAAGGCAGUGUCAGUGUCUAUGGGCUUGGGUGUGGAGGCGUUGGAGCAUCUGAGUCCAGGGGAACAGCUUCGGGGAGAUUGCAUGUACGCGCCGCUCCUGGGAGGUCCGCCCGCUGUGCGUAGCACUCCCUGUGCCCCGCUGGCCGAAUGCAAAGGUUCUCUGCUGGACGACGGCCCAGGAAAGGGCACUGAAGAGAUUGCUGAGUAUUCCUCUUUCAAGGGACCUUACGCCAAAGGACUGGACGGUGAGGGCCUGAGCUGCUCUGGCAGCAGCGAAGCAGGGAGCUCAGGGACACUUGAGCUGCCGUCCACCCUGUCUCUCUAUAAGUCCGGAGCAUUGGACGAAGCAGCAGCAUACCAGAGUCGAGACUACUACAACUUUCCGCUGGCCCUGGCUGGGCCGCCGCCCCCUCCGCCGCCUCCCCAUCCUCAUGCCCGCAUCAAGCUGGAGAACCCGCUAGACUACAGCAGCGCCUGGGCGGCAGCCGCGGCACAGUGCCGCUAUGGGGACCUGGGAAGCUUGCACGGCGGAGGUGCCGCCGGACCCAGCUCCGGAUCACCCUCGGCAGCCGCCUCCUCUUCCUGGCACACUCUAUUCGCAGCCGAAGAAGGCCAGUUGUAUGGACCAUGCGGCGCGGGUGGCGGCGGCAGUGCAGGCGAGGCAGGGGCUGUAGCCCCCUAUGGCUACACUCGGCCACCUCAGGGUCUGGCGGGACAGGAAAGCGACUUUCCUGCACCCGAUGUGUGGUACCCUGGCGGCGUGGUGAGCAGAGUGCCCUAUCCCAGUCCCAGUUGUGUCAAAAGCGAGAUGGGACCCUGGAUGGAGAGCUACUCCGGACCUUACGGGGACAUGCGUUUGGAGAAUGCCAGGGACCAUGUUUUGCCCAUCGACUAUUACUUUCCACCCCAGAAGACAUGCUUGAUCUGUGGGGAUGAAGCUUCUGGCUGUCACUAUGGAGCUCUCACAUGUGGCAGCUGCAAAGUCUUCUUCAAAAGAGCUGCUGAAGGAAAACAGAAGUACCUGUGUGCCAGCAGAAAUGAUUGCACCAUUGAUAAAUUUCGAAGGAAAAAUUGCCCAUCUUGUCGUCUCCGGAAAUGUUAUGAAGCAGGGAUGACUCUGGGAGCCCGUAAGCUGAAGAAACUUGGCAAUCUAAAACUACAGGAGGAAGGAGAGACUUCUAGUGCCGGCAGCCCCACUGAGGAACCAGCCCAGAAGAUGACAGUAUCACACAUUGAAGGCUAUGAGUGCCAGCCCAUCUUUCUGAAUGUCCUGGAAGCCAUUGAGCCAGGAGUGGUGUGUGCUGGACAUGACAACAACCAACCUGACUCCUUUGCAGCCUUGCUCUCCAGCCUCAAUGAACUGGGCGAGAGACAGCUUGUACAUGUGGUUAAGUGGGCCAAGGCCUUGCCUGGUUUCCGCAAUUUACAUGUGGAUGACCAGAUGGCAGUCAUUCAGUAUUCCUGGAUGGGACUCAUGGUGUUUGCCAUGGGCUGGCGGUCCUUCACCAAUGUCAACUCCAGGAUGCUCUACUUUGCUCCUGACCUGGUUUUCAAUGAGUAUCGUAUGCACAAGUCCCGCAUGUAUAGCCAGUGCGUCAGGAUGAGACACCUCUCUCAAGAAUUUGGUUGGCUCCAAAUCACGCCCCAGGAAUUCCUGUGCAUGAAAGCACUGCUACUUUUCAGCAUAAUUCCAGUGGAUGGGCUGAAAAAUCAAAAAUUCUUUGAUGAACUUCGAAUGAACUACAUCAAGGAACUCGAUCGUAUCAUUGCAUGCAAAAGAAAAAAUCCCACAUCCUGCUCAAGGCGCUUCUACCAGCUCACCAAGCUCCUGGACUCUGUGCAGCCUAUUGCAAGAGAGCUGCAUCAGUUCACUUUUGACCUGCUAAUCAAGUCCCACAUGGUGAGCGUGGACUUUCCGGAAAUGAUGGCAGAGAUCAUCUCUGUUCAAGUGCCCAAGAUCCUUUCUGGGAAAGUCAAGCCCAUCUAUUUCCACACACAGUGAAGCUUUGGAAGCCCCCAUUUCCCUCCCCCACCUCGCUCCCCUUUUCCAAUGUCUUCUGCCUAUUAUAACUCUGCACUACUUCUCUGCAGUGCCUUGGGGAAUUUCCUCUAUUGAUGUACAGUCUGUCAUGAACACGUUCCUGAGUUCUAUUUGCUGGGCUUUUUUCUCUUUUCCUUCUUUCUUUUUCUUCUUCUCUCCCUUUCUCACCCUCCAUGGCACCUUCAGACUCUGCUCCUUGUCGUGGCUCCUAUCUGUGUUUUGAAUGGUGUUGUAUUUCUUUAAAACUGAGAUGAUCCUCAUGUGGCCCAGUGUCAAGUUGUGCUUGUUUACAGCACUGUGCUGUGUGCCAGCCACACAAACAUUUACUUACCUUAUGCCACGGGAAGUUCAGCAAGCUAAAAGUAUCUGGGGGAAAACAAACUAACACACAGAAAACAAAAAAAUAAAAAAUAUAAAAAUAAAAAACCUUAUGAGGACAUUUUCCUCAAAAUAAAUAAAUUAACAAACAGAAAUCCCCAAAGAAGCCAACAAGUCACUAGAAGGUGAAAAUUACAGGUCCUUGGGGAGUCUCUGUUUUUUCUCAUCCCCUCUGUCCUGGAAGACCUUAGCUUUUGCCAGUGACUAUUGCCAUUAAAGGACAGGGUGCCCCAGAACUGGGGGCCAGAGAAAGGAGGAGACAAGUAGGGCAGUGGGAUCACAGUACCUGCCCACAGCCUUGGUCCCUGAGGGCUAGACUGCUCAACUACAGUGCAAUUCAUUGUACUGAAAAUGUGCUUCUUGUUUGAAAACUUGUCUGCAUGUUAAUGCCUUCCCCCUCAAACCCUUUUCUCUCUAAACCUCUGCCUCCACCCUGAAAUCAAAUUUCAUUAGCCUUUCUAAGAACUUUGAAUGGGAUGUUCUCUUUAGCCAAAACUUGACCACUUCCACUGAAGAGUCAGAUCUGUGAGAAGGAAAGGAGAGAUCUGACCCAUUGGAAGGAUCUGAUAAAUUCCAGGUCUGCUUUCCCAUGUGUGAUCCAGGGAGGAGCUUGCAUCUGGAGUCAGAGAAGGAAGUGAUGACUUGGCUGUUCUGCUUAGGAGACAGAACAGUUGAUCCCUUGAUGCCACCAUCUUUUCCUCCACCUUUAAAAGACCUAUGGACUCUAUGUGGCCACAAACUCCUUCCAGCUUCCCUUGAGUGAUUUGUAGGCCACACUGCAUUUCAGUCAUUGGUGGUAAAGCUUAUUCACUUCUUUAGGCAUGUUCACAGACUCUCGUCUAAGAUCCUUCCACACUAUGAAGGCUAGCAGGCCAGAAGCCCUGUCAUCUGUUUCCCUCUAGAUGCCAGUAGUCUCAGACCAAGUGUCUCUCAUCAACAUUUAGUUUAUUGAAACCCUUAGACAAACCCAAAAGAAGGCAUCAAAGGGAUCAGACAAACUGGGUGUCUUGCCCUUGUCAUCCAGAGAUGAAACUCUCCCAUCACAUGGAGAAAUAUCUGCUUCCUUCUUCAAAGCAGCUAAAGGGGCUACCCAGAUCAGGGUGGAAUACCAGCAUUGGAAGAAUGAAGACACUAGAACCAGAAAACCCGAAAUGUUCUCCUUGCCACCCAGCAUAUCCACCGACACCAAGAGAAGACUAUGACUAUUAAAUAAAGCCUUCAGAGGCAAAACCUCAAGUCAGACUGGCACAAGUUUACUCAACCCCCUCCUCUGCUGCUGAUUCUGGGCUCUGACAUUGGCCAUAGUUACUCAGAUUCCCCACCAUUUUUGCUACCUCUCGGUCAGAGGGGCAUGCAAAACCACUGAGACUUUCUACAGAACCACGGCUUCCUUUGGAAAGGUCUGGCUGUUGUGGCACUUAUAGGCUGCCACCCAUAAACUCAGGAUAUACCCCUGGGUCACUGGUUUCAUAUAGUACUUUGGCACACCUCUGUUCUCUGGACUUUGUUUCCCAACCCUGGAACCCGGGGUGGGGGAUGUCCACCUAUUUUUUCUUCUUGGCCACUGCCUCCUCACUUAGCUCUUAACUUCAUCAGAUAAACUCCAGAAAUCAAGGGUCAGUCACCAAGCUGCCCAUUUCAAUUGGUUUACUCUACUGGUUGAGAAGAUAGUUUCAGAGUGACAUGUUACUAUCCACAUGAAUUUCCUUCCCUGAUUUCUGUGUUGAUAUUAAUAGCCAAAGGAACUUGCAAAACAGCUUCUGUAAAUAACAAGGGAGAAUGGAAUCUAGUGAGUGAUUUGCCAAUCCAAGACUGGUGGACAAAAAUUGAAGCUGACAGGUUCCCUUUCUGGGAUAGAAUAGACAAAUUCUGGUUUUCUUUGUGAUGACACCAUCUGGCCUAUGUACAGGAUCACAUUUUAGUUGUCUUAGAAAAAUAGCAUCCACCACUCCUUUCAGUUAAGCUAGGUUACACUUUAAUAGUUCCUUUACAUCUGUUUUGAUUUUUAUCUUUUGUGGCACACGGAUUUAAUUAUAUCAUUCUAAUACCUCUCCUUGUAAAUACUAGAGGCUGUCCUUUCCAUUUUUCUAUCAAAUUUUUCAUCUUUAUGGAUUUCCAAGUCCUGAAUUUUGUCUUCAUGAAUAUAUGUUUUUCAUUUGAAAAAGCCAAAAAUCAUUGAAACAGCGGUGUAAUUAAAAGCAACAACAAUUGGAUUACUCUGAAUUUCCAAAUGACAAAACUAGGGAAAAGUAGCCUAAACAAGGUUUUAGGCCUACUGUUUCUGCACUGGGGUUUGAGUGAGAAGAGGAGGUAUUAGCUUGUCUCAGUUCUCCCACAGAUGAAAGAAGAAUGAUGUUCCAACCGGUAUGAUUGACAGAAGUCUCAUUUUGCAUGCACUCUGCUCUACAAACAGAGUUGAUGUGGUUGGUAUACUGUGCUCACCUGUGGAAGGACUGGCCACCCAGACCCACUCACCUAGUGAGCUAGAAGAUGAGGCUCACUCACUGGCCAAGUCAAGGGGACCAUCUCCAAAGAGGUGUGCAGUAUUUGAUGGGGAUAGAAAGUGAGGAAGAGAAAAAGAGGGAGCAUCGUGGAGAAGGCCCCAUCUGUGCUGGGCAGCAGACAGCUGCCAAGGUCACGAACUCUGGUCAAAUAAUAGAGUCGUGAGGCAAUUUCAGCCCAUUCAUUGGGCAGCUCACCGGGUCUGGCCUCUGAACUGACAUGGGCAUUGAAUUCUUUUUCCUAAGAUUUUCUAUGCCACAUGCAAUAUUGUUGUUCUUGGAAAGUUCAUUAUUUUUUUAAAUUACCUUACUCUGAGAAAGGGAGUUUUUGAAGGAUUCUGUCAUAUAUCUUUGAAAAAAGAAAAUCAGUAAUGCAUAUAUUUUUGUGUAUGUUCACUGGCACUUAAAAAAAAGAAAAAGAAAGAAAAAAAGAAAAAAAAAAGUUUCAUUCUGUCCUUUGGGUAGUUGCUGAGGUUACUUGUUCAGGUUAUAAAAUAAUGUGCUGAUGCUCAAAUCCCUCUCUGUCCAUACUCUACUUCUAAAUACAUGUAGGCAUAUAUAAACAAUAUAUUUGUAUUUGACUUACACUUUAAAGAAAAUGUCCACCAUCCACAUGACACUGACACUACACAAAUGACUUGACUUUGAGCUUUGAGGAGCUUCUAAGUGUUUGUUUCCUUAGGCACAGCACAGACGUGGCCUUGCCCCCUUUUCUCUCUUGAUAUUCAGCAGGGCACAAAGGCCCAAAGCCACCCCCUCUACCCCUACUCAGCUGUAUGCCAGUGCUGCACUUCAGGAGACUCUCUCCAGAUAGCCCAGUAACUAUCCCUGCAUGACCCUGUAUAGUCCUGGAAAAAUAAGAGACUGACUACUGAUUAUUCUGUGCCAGUUACCCAGGUGAGAGGGCUCUGGGACAAGGGCAUGGCUUUCAAGCUUGACCCACUUAUAGGGGUAACAUGAACCAGGAAUGCUAAAGCACCACAUCAAAUCUCAACUUAAAGUCAAAAGAAGCCAUUUAGCAUGUGAAAUUUCUUGGAAAAGGAAGUUUCUACCCCUGUUGCUUUUACAGGCAGAUCUAUUCUCACCACCAAUCUCUGAAAAAUUCUGAAAGCAGGUUUUUUUAAAAAAAAAAAAAAGACCAAAAAAGAGAUGAAAUCACCCCAUUAUGUAACCAAAGAUUACAUUGUAUC